UGUUGUCGCCUAGUCAGCGCUGCUGAACGACCGCAGCGCCGCAGAAGAAGCAGUUCCGCUGCUCAACGUGAAACCAUGGCGGCCGCACUGAGGGGAAGCCUGUUAACAUUGGUCAAGAGCCUGAGUGGCCCCCAGUGGCAACAGCUGGCCUCUCGACCUCUGAGUUUAUCAGCUGGUCUCUGUGGUCCAGAAGCCCCGCCUGCCCGUGCAGAUGCUACCUUCAAGGUUACUAUGGUACCGGGGGACGGAGUGGGACCCGAGCUGAUGACUGCUGUCAAGGAUGUCUUCAGGGCAGGAGAUGUCCCUGUAGAGUUCGAGGAGUUCCACCUGAGCGAGGUGCAGAACAUGGCCAGUGAGGAGAAACUGGACCAAGUGUUGACUUCUAUGAAGACCAACAAAGUGGCCAUGAAAGGAAAGAUUCACACACCCAUGGAGUUCAAAGGGGAACUGGCUUCAUAUGAGAUGAGACUGAGGCGUAAACUGGACCUGUUUGCUAACGUGGUUCAUGUGAACAGCCUGCCGGGCUACAGCACUCGCCACAACAAUCUGGACCUGGUCAUCAUCCGUGAACAGACCGAGGGGGAGUACAGCUCACUGGAGCAUGAGAGUGUGCCGGGUGUGAUCGAAUGCUUGAAGAUCAUCACCAGAAAGAAGUCACGCCGCAUCGCCAAGUUCGCCUUUGAUUACGCCACCAAGAAGGGGCGAAGCAAGGUCACUGCUGUUCACAAAGCCAACAUCAUGAAAUUAGCGGAUGGCCUGUUUCUGCAGUGCUGUGCUGAGGUGGCAGAACUGUACCCCAAAAUCAAAUAUGAGACCAUAAUCAUUGAUAACGCUUGCAUGCAGUUGGUCCAGAACCCAUACCAGUUUGAUGUGUUGGUGAUGCCAAACCUGUACGGUAACAUUAUCGAUAACCUGGCGGCAGGGCUGGUUGGAGGAGCAGGAGUCGUUCCUGGGGAAAGCUACAGUGCAGAGUAUGCUGUGUUUGAGACUGGUGCACGCCACCCCUUUGCACAAGCUGUAGGAAGGAAUAUCGCCAACCCCACAGCCAUGCUGCUCAGUUCUGCUAACAUGCUCAGGCACCUCAACCUGGAAUAUCACUCCCAAAUGGUGUCAGAUGCUGUCAAGAAGGUCAUCAAACAGGGCAAGGUACGGACACGAGACCUUGGCGGGUAUUCUACCGCUAGUGACAUAGUGCGUGCUGUUGUGGAAAACCUGCGUCACCGACCAGUUUACUAAGAUGUUUCGUCUCGUUCCCCGCUGACUUUUCCUUAAAUCUGGACAUUGUCUUAACAUGAACUGGAAUCAUGUUAAGACUCACCUCCCCUCUCACUGCCCAAUAACUGUCCUGUCAGACACCAUCAGUUUGAUCCGUAUGUGUAUGUUUAUAUUGGGUUUGCUGAUAGAUCCAGUGUAAUCACAUGACCUUUUGUUGUACUUUAUUAAACUUGUGCAGCUCAGGCUUCGUACUGAAGGAUUUUUGUCAAACAGCCUAAUCCUCUGUUGGCCCUUUUCCAUGAACACUCCUCUUUUCUCAGUUAGUGACCAUCAUGUUGCAACCUUUUUGCUUUUGAAAUAUUUUCUUGGCUGAGGCAGAGCUUAUAUCCACCUACCUAUAUGUGCUUUUGCAGCCUUAUUGGCCAGAUAGACUACCUCUCUGCUGUCUCACAUUAAAAAGGAACUGUUGAAAAACACACUGUCUUUGUCAACAGUUUAUACAUUA